CACGACACUUGUUACAGUUUCAAACCGAGUGAGCGUCUUUCAGUGUGAAGUGCGGUGAAUCGUCGAAUAUUUUGAAACUUGAAGCGAAAAUGGCGGAACGUCGUUAUAAUCGUUGUUUAUGUGAAUAAAUUUUAUAAUUUAUGUUUGUAAUUAAUAAUUUUUCCUGCCGUUCGAAAUUAUUUAAGUGUUUAUAAAUAGUGUACCCGGACUCUGAUGUUCUCCUGACAAUUGAGGAAAACUGUACAUAGGAUUUGACGAUUAUAAAAAGGCAAAUCGUACCAAAAAGAAAAAUGUCGGCGGUGAACACUGAAAGCAUUCCUCCGUCUCAUACAAACGGCGUAAUUGAAGACGGAUACGACGAAGAUGAAAAAAUGAAAGUUAGACCCGCGGAUAUAGACGCGGAUAUGCGAGAAAUGGAAAGGCGAAAACGAGUCGAAUCAAUCAUGAAUAGUCGUUUAUUUCGAGAAGAACUCGAAAGAAUUAUAGAAUCGCAAAUUAAAGCCGGUAACAGUUCGGCUGGUCUGUUACAACAAAUAUCCGACAUGGUCGGCUCGAAAUAUAGCGGUAUUAACAAUCACCUUUUCAGAAGUACCAGUUGCGCUGUUCCAAUUAACGAUAUCCGAGGUGUCGAAGCUAUGGGUUAUGCAAAAGGCGAGAAAAUUUUAAGAUGUAAAUUAGCAGCGUUGUUUAGAUUGAUUGAUUUAUACGGAUGGACUCAAGGAAUCUAUAAUCAUGUUACGGCUCGUCUGAGUCAACAAGAAGAGCAUUUUUUAGUAAAUCCUUACGGAUUAUUGUAUAGCGAAGUAACCGCCUCGUCGCUGGUCAAAGUCGAUAUGCAAGGAAACGUUAUCGAAUCUGGUACGACGAAUUUUUCGGUCAACGUGACGGGAUUCCAGCUACACGCUGCCAUAUACGCCGCUCGGCCGGAUCUCAAAUGCAUUGUACAUUUACACACGCCAUCCGUAUUAGCGGUAUCGUCGCUCAAAGACGGCUUACUGCCGAUUUGUCAAGAAGCCGCCGUAAUCGGCGAAAUUAGUCAUCAUUCUUAUAUCGGCAUUCCCAACGAACCCGAAGAACGAGACAAAAUCGUCAGAAAUUUAGGACCAAAUAAUAAAGUUAUAUUUUUGACAAACCACGGUGCUUUGUGCUGCGGAGAAACGAUCGAAGAAACAUUUUUCUACGCUUAUAAUACAGUGAACGCGUGCGAAACUCAACUGAAAGUAUUGCCUCUAGGAAAAGAUAACGUGGUGCUUCUGUCAGACGAGACCAGAAAAUCGAUGUACGACUCGGCUAGAAAAAUACCCGAAAAUAUUUCACCUCCCGUAUCGCACGUGCCUUCGGCUGCCGCAGCUACCGAAAAAAGGUGGCGUAUCGGUGGUCUGGAAUUCGAAGCUUUAAUGAGAAUGCUGGAUAACGCGGGUUUCCGAACUGGUUAUGUGUACCGUCAGCCAUUGAUUAAAGGCGAAUUGCCGCGUCCCCGAAAUGAUGUCGAAGUGCCACCGGCGGUAUCCUCUUUGGGAUAUUUAUUAGAAGAAGAAGAAUUAUACAAAGGCCAAUGGAAAAAAGCGUUCGGAGGCAAAGGAAGCGAUCGUAUUAGAUGGUUGAACUCGCCCAACGUGUACCAAAAAGUCGAAAUCCUGGAAACCGGAACGUCGGACCCGAAGAAGAUUACUAAGUGGGUUGACGCGAACAAUGAAGAGUGGGUUGCCGAUGGUAGUCCUUCCCAUACCAGUACGCCCGUCAAGAUUGAAAAUGCUUUACAAUUUGUUCCAAAAAAUACGAACCCGAAAGAAUUUAAAAAAUUACAGCAGCAGAUCAAAGAAAACCGAAGAGCUGAUAAAAUUACCUCGGGACCACAAUCACAUAUUUUAGAAGGCGUUUCGUGGGAAGAAGCCAAAAAAUUACAGGAUGCGAAUAUUUCCGGUACCAGUGAUCAAGUCAUAUUAGUAGGUGCCGCCUCAAAAGGUAUCAUCCAACGAGAAUACCAACAUAAUGCUACCGUGUAUAAAACUCCCUACGCUAAGAAUCCCUUCGACGCCGUCACAGACGAAGAAAUCGAAAAUUAUAAAAAAGAUAUCACUCGAAAGCAACGCGGCGAUUCGUACUAUGAUGAAGAUGAAAGCGACGCGUUAUCAUCAUCUCUACCUCCUUCAGGUAAACGACAAAAUACCGGAAUUACCAGCGAAACUGAAGAUGAAAGCCUAACGCAUGAAAUGCGAGUUAUCCAAAUCGAAACUACCACAGUACCAAAAGCCAGCCAAGCUGAAGUGGUUUUAAGCGAUGAUAAAGCCAAUCGUAAACUUUCAAAAAAUCAAGCUGCCACUAAAGCGUUUAUCAGAGGCGAAAACACAUACAAUGGUGAUCAUUCAGAUGCCUUACAAACGACAUUUUCUCAUAGCAGUAAAGAAGGUUCACCUAGUAAAGAUAUAUCUACGGAAGAUUCGUCGAAGAAAGAGAAAAAGAAGAAGAAGGGUCUUCGUACGCCGUCAUUCUUAAAGAAGAAAAAAGAAAAGAAGAAGCAAGUCGAAGCUUAAGGCGUAUGCAGUUUGUUUAAAAGAUACUGUUGUAAAUUUUUGCCGAAACGUUCUUCGAGAAUUAUUUAACAACUAGAGCACCAAAGUACGUAGACCGAUGAAGUAUAUUGAAACAGAAAAACUUCGCUGAAUUACCAGCCAUCGAUAGCAUCGUGUUUUUUUUUAGUUCUAUUUAUUUAUUCAAUUAUUUUUUUUAGCUGUUGCAAUUUUGUUAAUAAAUAACGUAAGCCAAAUUUUUUGUACGUCGUGAUCCCCGGAAUCCGUACCUAUUCGUACGUUACGUGACGUUGUACGUUGUACUUUUUUUUUUUUUUUUU